UAGUCAGUCCCGCUUAGUAUCUUUUCCCCCCACCGUCGUUGCGCCGCCUUCUCAGUUGAGAAGUCCAGACGGCGCUGCUAAAUAGAGGUGAUCUAAAAACAAAAAUGUCCAUAGUUUGUCGCUUUCGAAACAGAGAGGCGAGGUGAAAGUGUGACUCUUUACGAAGCAACGCUUGGAAAAAAAAUGUUAGCGCCAUGUAGCCGCAGCGUCUCGGACUGACUUUGGAGAACAAGACGUGCUAUUGUGGGUGAAACCUCAAGGAGAUGGAAGAGUCCUUCAGGAAGAAGACCUCCUUCUGAAGCACUUUGAAUUAAUAACUCCAAAUAGGUUCACAAUGACAGCUGGCCAGAUGUUUCUUUUGACUUUGAUUGCUUUGGUCCCCGCCUGCGCUAGCUUGCAAGAUGAAAGCAACGUGGGAAGCACUGAAUGCAUAUGUGACGACGGGUCAUCAUGCAGCAAUGGCAACCGGUGUUUUGGCCUGCAGUGCUUCACAUCCCUCUCCUUACUAAACGGGACUUUGGUGCAUCAGAAGGGAUGCAUUGUUGGUAAUCAAGAAGGGUCGCCGAAGUGUGGGAUCCUACCGACUCCGGAGCGUAUAGUGGAGUGCUGCUUUGGAGAUUUGUGCAACAUGAACGUGUCUCUGGAGCCAAACGUUAAAGAUGUAGCAAUGUCCGCCGGCAGACCAGUCCUCAGAGAGCAGGAGUGCAUUUGUGAAGGCCCUGCUUGUGAACCCGGUCAGCGCUGCGCCGGCCAGCAUUGCUUUUCCUCUCUGAAGGUGAUCGAUGGCGCGGCUGUCCAACAGAAGGGCUGCCUGAGGGACGACGACGUGGGCCGAGCCACCUGCGCCACGCCGCCCUCACCGUCCCACGUUGUCAAGUGCUGCCAGGGCCAUCUGUGUAACAUGAACGUCACUGUGCAAGCUCCGGAGAAAGAGGAAGUGAAGCCCCUUGUCAAAGAGAAGCACGAAUGCGUAUGUGAGGGCAGCUCGUGUGCCACGGGGAAUCGCUGCUUGGGAAGCCAGUGUUUCUCAUCUCUGACAGUCAACGGUGGCUCCCUGAUGUACCAGAAAGGUUGCUUUAAUGUCUACGAGCAGCGCACGAUGACCUGCAAGACCCCGCCUUCGAGAGACCAGAUUGUGGAAUGCUGCUUCGGGCACCUUUGCAACCUGAACAGCACAGUGCAGCUUCCUGUCAAAGCCGACGAGCUCUCUAGCUACAGCGUGACCAUGCUGGCUGUUGUCAUCGUGGCGCCCAUACUUGUCCUCGUAAUCCUCUCGGCUAUCGCCAUCCUGGUGUUCAGACGCAUCCACAACAACCAGAUGGAAAGACUAACGUCUCGGGAUGCUGAAUACGGAACCAUCGACGGCCUUAUAGCGUCCAACGUUGGGGAGAGCACAUUGGCGGAUUUGCUGGAUCAUUCUUGCACCUCAGGAAGUGGUUCCGGACUCCCGUUUCUAGUUCAGAGGACUGUUGCUCGACAAAUCACUCUCAACGAGUGUGUGGGUAAGGGCCGCUACGGUGAAGUGUGGAGAGGCCAGUGGCAAGGAGAGAGUGUCGCUGUCAAGAUCUUCUCCUCCAGAGAUGAGAAGUCCUGGUUCAGAGAAACUGAGAUCUACAACACGGUGCUGCUGAGGCACGAAAACAUCCUGGGCUUCAUCGCCUCCGACAUGACCUCCAGGAACUCCAGCACGCAGCUAUGGCUGAUCACCCACUACCACGAGAUGGGCUCCCUGUACGACUACCUUCAGCUCAGCACCUUGGAUGCGUACAGCUGCCUCCGCAUGGCGCUUUCCAUCGCCAGCGGCCUGGCUCAUCUUCACGUGGAGAUCUUCGGCACUCAGGGCAAGCCGGCCAUUGCCCACCGGGACCUCAAGAGCAAAAAUAUACUAGUUAAAAAGAACGGACAAUGUUGCAUUGCUGACCUCGGUCUGGCCGUCAUGCAUUUUCAAGACACCAACGAGCUGGACGUAGGGAACAACCCCAAAGUAGGCACCAAACGCUACAUGGCCCCUGAGGUGCUCGACGACUCCAUCCAGAUGGACUGCUUCGAGUCCUACAAGAGGGUGGACAUUUGGGCCCUGGGCCUCGUUUUGUGGGAGAUCGCCAGGAGGACUGUCAGCAAUGGCAUCGUGGAGGACUACAAGCCGCCCUUUCACGACGCCGUCCCAAGCGAUCCCAGUUUUGAGGAUAUGAAGAAGGUGGUUUGUGUGGACCAGCAGAGACCUAACAUACCCAACAGAUGGUUCUCAGACACAACUUUAAUCUCCAUGGCAAAACUGAUGAAGGAGUGCUGGUACCAGAACCCGUCUGCCAGAUUAACGGCGCUGCGCAUCAAAAAGACUCUGACAAAGAUCAACAGCUCCGUGGACAAAAUGAAAACAGACAUUUGAGCGUGCCUGGUGCAGGUAGUAGUAGUAGCACCAUUUGGAAUACUUCUUGGACUAAAAAGCCUUUGAGAGGGUGGAGUGUACUCUGUCUGCUUGCGUGCCCUUAUAGCGGCACAGGCCUAUAUAUUUAUUUUAAAGACUUGGCGGGACACAUUUUGGCAUCCAAAGAUGGCUUACCGGGGCUCUUCUGAAACGGCCACAGGUCUUGGAAAUAGGACGUUAAAAAUAUUACAAUCCCAAUCUAGGAGCUGGCUGUUACCUGACAUUUUUGUUUUUUCUGCUCUUCUGAACAAGUUAGUAGAAAUAUGACCUUCUUGCUUUUAGUCGCUGCAGCUUUUUUUUUUCUUAGCUGGACUCAUUCAGCAGAGACGAAUGUUGUGCGGCCGCCAUCUUAGCAUAUCACUGUGCUGAAUGAUGUACUUGCUCUAUACGUUUUGUUCCUUUUUUUUUUAGCUUCAGUGACAAACGUUAAAAAAAAAAGAACAAAUGAUGAACACGUCUUCUGUAAGUGACGCCGAGGUGGGCCCUCAAUAUCACCCCUCCCCCCACCACCUGUGGAGGCCUGUACUGUAAGUUUGCCUGUAAAGCCUUUAUACUGUCUUAACGUGUGCAUUGUCAAGUUAAUGAAGUCAAACUUCAACUUUUUUUUUUUUAUUUCAUUAACAUUUUAUAUCAACUGGUGGUUUCUAUUAAUUAAAUAGAAAGCAAUUAUA